GGGUUAGAGAUCUAUCCAAUUGAAACUAGUUAUGUUGUUGCUUUGUAGUUCAAGAUCUGGAGCUUUUCCUCAGCGGUGCGGGGGUUUCUUUAUUUCAGGUCGACCCCUCGGCUCUCUUUGUACAUUACAUUCCUCUUUCGUUGCUGAUUACAUCUACUUGAAUGAGUAUAAAUACUCAACUGUUAUUCUGAUUUCCAUCCUAUACCCAUCUGCAUUGCCGUUCUUUAUUCAAUUCGUCGUCGAUUCAACUAGCCAUCAUGAAUAUCAACGAGCCUCGAGAUGGCGGUGGUUUCGUACUACCAUUUUUCAACGACAGCAAAAAAUCGCGAAAGUCUCAUGCCGGCAGAGAUUCAUUAAAGUCAAAUCGAGUUCCUUUCACUAAGUGGGUACCAGAUACAGUCAGUUACACAACAAAGCCACUUAAAAACGCUCAUAGAUGGCUUCACUUACAUAACAAGACCCGAAAUCAUUUCGUGGCAACAGUGGCAGAAUUCGCGGGAACGACCCUCUUUCUCUUCUUUGCGUUUUCAGGUACCCAAGUAGCUCUAUUAGCAACGCCGGCCAAUGAUUCGAAUGUCGUCGGAACACCAAGCAAUCCAGCUCAACUACUUUAUGUAUCUUUAUGUUUUGGUUUCUCUCUGGCAGUUAAUGCAUGGGUUUUCUUCCGUAUAAGCGGUGGUCUUUUUAACCCUGCGGUCACAAUGGGAAUGUGUAUCGUCGGUGCUCUCCCAUAUUUCCGAGGUCUUCUUUUAAUUUUUGCUCAAAUAAUUGGUGGCAUAGCAGCUGCUGCUAUUGUUUCCGCUCUUUUCCCUGGCCCCAUAACAUUCAGAACUAGUUUAGGAGGCGGCACAUCGAUUGUCCAAGGUCUCUUUAUCGAGAUGUUUCUUACUGCUGAAUUAGUUUUUACGAUAUUCAUGCUCGCAGCUGAGAAACAUAAAGGGACCUUUAUUGCCCCGAUUGGUAUAGGUCUGUCUCUAUUUAUUGCCGAACUUACCGGCGUCUACUUUACUGGCGGAUCCGUCAAUCCAGCCCGUUCCUUCGGCCCUUCAGUCGUCAGCGGUCAAUUCACCGGUUACCACUGGAUCUACUGGGUCGGACCUAUUCUCGGCGCCAUCCUCGCAUCUGCGUUCUACAAAUUCAUUAAGAUGCUUGAAUACGAGACUGCAAAUCCAGGUCAAGACGCAGGACGCGUUGGCGAAGUGAUUGAUCCGGAAGCUCAGGCUAUUAAGAACCGAGUCAGUUUCGCGAGCGAGGGGUUGGUGGGUAGAGAACUUGAUGAAAGUGGUGCAUCUCAUGUUCAUGAAAAUGGGAAUCAUUUUGGGGCGCCAAAAGAAUAUGGGACAAAGAGGAGACCGUUUAGUGAUAGUCCCGCUCCACCUAAUGCGAAUGAUCAGUUUGCGGGGUUGAGUGAAGGGGGCCUGCAUACGGAUGAAUUUGCUAAUGAGAAUAUUGGUGGUGGGCAUAGUGGGGAGGGAGCAAUGCACAGGAAUAAAAGAGAUAGUGAAGGAACCCUUGUGGGAAACGGGAAGAAAGGCGUUCUGAAGGUCGGUGCAGGUGGUACGGGUGGUGCGGCUGUGGGAAGCACGAAUGAGAAUUUGAGAGAUAACACGCAUAAUAAUUGAGGAUUGGUCAGGAGACGUGAGUGCAGAGUGAAAAACCCUAUGAUAAAUGAGGGGGGUUGCAAAGUGAGGCGAGAUGGAAAAUGGUAUGGUACGGCACGAUAGGGAUGGGAUGGAAUUUUGGCUAGUGUUUGAUUUCACAUAUGUUGAGGGUCCCUUCUAGGUGCGCGUUAUAGCGUCGGCAACAUAAUGUGUUGAUUGAUGUCUUACUUUAAUGGUUUGGGUUAGCAUGCAUCUCGUUUAUGAUUAUUAUAAUGAAUCUCUAUUUUUUCUGAAAAUAUUUUUGACGUGAUAUUCA